AAGACCACAUGCAUUACCGAGGGCACAGAGCUGCGGCCCCAGCAUGACUCCACUUCCGCCGCAAUCAUCGAGGUUCUUCGAGAUGGCCGGAGCCUCGCCAAAAGGGUAGCUGAAGAGCCGCGCCGUUUAACUCCCCGGAUAGCGCCUCUUCACUCGUGCAAAUUUUCUGGCCCCGUCGGUCCAACACUGGAGUCUCCGAAAUUGGAUGCUUUACGUUCUGCAUCAGACGAGCAGGAAGUAACUCCCUUAGGAUUAUUUACAUUUCUGUGUUAG